AUGGCAGGCAAAGGAAGCCACCCCAUUCACAUCCACCCGGUCCGGCCACUCUACCGCUUCACGGCCACGGCUCUGGGCGCAAGCAUGUGGUUCUUCCUCAUGUACCGGGCGAAGAAGGACGGUCCCGCUUUGCUGGGCUGGAAGCACCCAUGGGACCAUUAG